AUGGUGUUGCAAAAGUUGGUUGCCUUGUGCCUGUUCGCAGCCAUAUUUUCGGCCGCAGCAGACGUUCCGGUGCUCGACACCAACGGCGAUCGCAUUGUAUCAGGCGCACAAUACUACAUAAAGCCUGCAAUUGUUGGCAGAGGCGGAGCUCUCACUUUGGUCGCCAGAAAAAAUGGCAAGCCAUGCCCGAAAUAUGUCGGUCAGGUAGAGCAUCCUGAUCAGAAAGGAACCCCAGUUAAGUUUAUGUUGGCUCCGGUGACCAACGAAGGUUGGCUUGCACAUAUUACGUUUCAAACGUCUGAUUCUUGCUCAAAAUUGACCAUGUGGGGGCUAGGCGAUCGGGAGAAUGUGUCGGGAAGGAGGCUGAUCACGUCGGGGUCGGAGCUUUUGGUUGAAGUCUUGUUCAAGAUUGUGAAAAGCAAUGGACUUUACCAUAUUCUUUGGUGUACUUCAGAAGAUCACAAUCCUCAAUGUGGAAGUGCUGGUAUCUUGAGUGAGGAUGGGGUGAGUUUGUUGGCUUUGGAUGGCCCUGAGCUUCCUUUUGUCUUUGAGAAAGUUAAGUGA